AGUCCACCGCGGAUCCAGAUUCCAGUCUCCAGAGCUCCUUGCCGGCGGCCAUGGCGGCGGCCGCAAGUGCAGCAGUAUCGCCUCCUCCACACCAUGGCCUCCCGGACGAGAUCUUCAUCUGGGAGAUCCUCGUCCGCCUGCCCCCGAAAGCCCUCCUCCGCUGCCGCGCCGUCUGCCGCGCCUGGCGCGCCGCCACAUCUGCCCGCGACUUCCUCCUCGCCCAUCACGACCGUCAGCCCACCCUCCUCUUCCUCCACUGCUUCAACUUUGUCGGCGACGAGGUCGACUCCCUAGACAUCAUCUCCUUCGACCACCGGGCAGGGGUCGCCGCCGCCGACCAGCUCCAGACCGUCGCACGGCUUGGGCACGCCUUCUUCCGUCCGCUGGCCUCCUGCGACGGCCUCGUCGUCCUCGCCAAGAACUACGCCCGCUUCUCCAUCUGCAACCCGGCAACUCGUCAGUAUGCUCCCCUCCCGCUGCUUUCUGGCUUCAUUUUCUUGGGGAUGUACCCGCACGGCGACGGCGAGUACCGGCUAUUGCUGGGACCUGAGGCUCAAGAUGGCUGCUUUGUCUACACAUUAGGCUCCGGCGAGCCCCCCAGGCACGUAGACAUAGACUGCCCCGCUGUGGCGGAAGAGGAUCUGAUAUACCCCUCCGGAUCUGCCCUGUUCCAUGGCAGCCUGCAUUUGUGCAUAGGCAACAUGAUAAUUGCAUUCAACACCACGGCUGAGUCGUUCCGUGAGAUGCGCCCUCCAGUUGAUCCUUGUGGAGCUGACCUGUUUGAGAUGGAUGGAAUGCUUGGAAUGUCCAUCUGCAACGAAGCGACGACAUCCAUUGAUAUAUGGAGGACGCAGGACUACGAAAGCGAGGUCUGGGCCUUGAAAUACCGGGUUGAAUUGCCGGUUGCAGAGUUUGGAAACUUUAGCAUACAUUGGUGGGUGGUGGUCGUCUCUCCAGAUGGUCAUGUGCUUGUGCUAGUCAAAGUUGACGACCGGCUACUUCAGAUUGACGUGGAUGGCAAGCUGGUUGCCAGUUUCCAUCGCAGAGUCCUAGGUCCUCCACGACAUCAGCUCAAACAAACUCUAGUUCCACAUACAUUGUUUCCGGAACUAGAAGGUUACGUUGUGAACUCUUUGCCUUUCCUUUGACCAGAUGAUUAUUUUGCGAACAUUAGCAUUUCAUCUGAUCUGAGGGCAGUUGAGUGUGGUGCUGCUGCUUAACGGCCUAGCUAUCUAUAUCCACAUGAGCUGCAGUACGUAUUAACUGAAUCUGCUAUGAGCCUGCUAGCUUCUUUUUUGAUGUAUAAGAAGUUCUGAUCAAGAAGCUUUGACUGUUACAUUAUGCGUUAUGUUUCGUUGAACAUCCUUUUGUGCUGAAGUGGCUUCCUAGUGUUGAUGCUAAAAUUACAAAUCAUUUGCACUGUUUGAAAUGGUUUCUAAUUGCGCUGACU